UUGCUCAAGGGUCACAGGACACGUGACUCGAGAGCGAGAGAGGAGAGAACCGAGCAGAUCGAGAGAGGGAGAGAGACGGGAGACGAGAGCAGCAGAGGGACCUCGCGUGCGUCACUGACAGCGCCAUUCCUCAGCAUCAACCCAAGAGCAAUGGCUCGCCCGGGCUCCCCGUUCUGGCAGCUCGCCCGAAUGGCGCCUCUCCUGCUGCUGCUGCUGGCGGCAGCGGUGGUGGGGUCGGCCUCCGGCCUCAACUACUACCGACCCCGGCAGGAGGGGGGGAGCCCUGCCCCGCUGCAGGGGGGCACGCCGCAGGGGGACUGCCCCGCGGAGUGUGAGUGCCCGGCGCGCUGGCCCGAGUCCCUCUACUGUGACGGUCGCGGCCUCAAGGUGAUGCCGCCCAUCCCGGCGAGGAUCCGCUUCGCGUUCUUCCAGGAUAACCAGCUGGACGUGGUGCCGGAGGGUGCGCUGAGGAACGCCACGCGCCUGGAAUGGCUCGUGCUGCAGAGGAACCAGAUCACUGAGCUGGACAGCGGAGCUCUCGCACGCCUCGGGGAGCUGCAGAGACUUUACCUCGACUUCAACAACCUCACCCAGGUGCCCCCCUCCCUGCCGCUGUCCCUGCUGGACCUGCGCCUGGGCCACAACCGCAUCUCGUCGGUGGCGGGCGGCACGUUGGGAACGCUGCACAACCUCACCUCACUGCUGAUGCACAACAACCUCCUGGGAGAGGGGGGGUUUGGGGCCCUAGGGUCCCUCAAGUCUCUGCGUCGCUUGGAUCUGUCGGGUAACGCGUUGCGCUCGCUGCCCACGCCGCUCCCCGCGACUCUGCAGCAGCUCUACCUGGACCACAACCUCGUGCCCUCCAUCCCCAGCGGCUUCCUCAAGGCCUUACCCGAGCUGCAGUACCUGCGCCUAUCCCACAACGCCCUGGGGAGUGCCGAAAUCCCGGUGGAGGCAUUCAACUCCUCGGCCUCCCUCCUCGAGCUGGGCCUGAGCUUCAACAACCUGUCCCGUGUGCCCGCCCUGCCUGCCUCCCUGCAGCACCUCUACCUGCAGGGCAACAGCAUCCGUGAGCUGGACGCGCAGGCGCUGUGUGGAGGGGGAGGUGUAGUAGGGGGCCCCGGGGCCCCCCGCGGUCUUCGCCGCGUCCGCCUGGACGGGAACCCCCUCCCCCGGGGACUGCUGCCCCACCUCGCCUCGGCCUGCCCAGGACCCGAGCUCGUCUUCUGAGACCUGACCCCGAACUCGACCUUGGCUUUCACCUGAGAUGACCGCACCCUGACUCCGAACUCGACCUUGGCUUUCACCUGAGAUGACCUCAAUCUGACUCCAAACUCGACCUUGGCUUUCACCUGAGAUGUCCUCACCCUGCACACCAAACUCGACCUUGGCUUUCACCUGAGAUGAUCGCACCCUGACCCCGACCUCGACUUUCACCUGAGAUGACCUCACCCUGAGAUGGCUCUUGCGCGGGAUUGUCUGGGACCCGAGCCCGUCUUUUGAGACCUGACCCUCACACGAGAUGACCUCCACCUGAGAUAACCUUGACCCAUGUAUAAUGCAUGUCUCUGACCCCCCGUGCCAGCAUGACCUCGACUCUGAGAUGACCCUGACCUUCACACCGGCAUUGACCCUGAUGACAAUGACCCGACCUAAGCCAUGGCCUGCAUUCAGCACGACCCUUCACCUAUGAGCUCACCUUGACCCUGGCACUCUCCGACCUGGAUGCUGGGCCAUAGGUGGUCUUCUAAAUCGUGACCCCGAGAUGACCCUGCCUUCACCCUACCCCUUCUCCCCCGAGCUGCCUUGACCUUGACCGUGACCCCAGUUCCGGCGUCUCGUCGUGACCGUGUCGCCACGUGGACAGCGCUCGCGUCUCAAAUAUAAUCAACAGCAAGAAACCCCCGCGUGCCCUUUGUGAUGUUCAUCAUAAUCAGCAGUAGCAUCAUCAGUAGUAUCAACAACAUCAAUAUCAUCAUCAUCAACAACAAGAUCACCAGUCUUCUUGGUUCUUUCGGUAAAGUCACGUAGAAGGGAAGUAAUAAAAUAAUAAAAAUAAAACAUAAUAAAACAAUUCUCACGACGUUUCGGCCACAACGCAAGUAGCCGUCCUCAGGUGAAAACCAGGUCUGUCGAGGUGACAGCGUCUGAAUGAAACAGCACACGUGCUUGGAGCAUGUAUAUAAGCUGGGUUGGAAAGGGGGAAAAAAAAGAGCGGGCGCCUUGACAAAAGAAUAUGCAUAUCAAGAGGAAUUUAGCAUAUUUAUGGGAAGUGCAGGUAUUUGAUUAGUACUACUUAUGCCCGUGCAUUAUGCAGGAUUAGCAGCAUCAAAGGGAGGGGAUAUGGGAAAUGCAGGUAUGUGGUGAUUAGUACUACUUAUGCCCGUGCAUUAUGCAGGAUUAGCAGCAUCCCCCCUUCCAACCCAGCUUAUAUACAUGCUCCAAGCACGUGUGCUGUUUCAUUCAGACUCUGUCGCCUCGACAGACCUGGUUUUCACCUGAGGACGGCUACUUGCGUUGUGGCCGAAACGUCGUGAGAAUUGUUUUAUUAUGUUUUAUUUUUAUUAUUUUAUUACUUCCCUUCUACGUGACUUUACCGAAAGAACCAAGAAGAUGAAUCCCUGCAGUCACGAAAGCUUUAAAUCGAAAUUUAAGAUCGCCAGUAUCAUCAGCAGCAGCAUCGAAAUCCUCAUCACCAGCAAGAUCAUCAUCAGCAUCAUCAUCAUCACAGCAAGAUCAUGAGUAUCAUCAGCAGCAGCAUCAAUACUCUUUGGUUCUUUCGGUAAAGUCACAUAGGUCGAAAAAAUAAUAGAUCACGACGUUUCGAUCGCCACAAAAGCAAUCGUCUUCAGGUUGGAGAGAGAAACAGGCUGCUGAAACAAGUCCUUACAUAUAUAGAGCCGAGAGGGGGGGGGGGUGUGAUUGAUGCACCUCCACGGCGACGAAGAGCUGAGGAGGUGGCCAUUGUAGCCACAUGUAGCAUGUCAAUGUAGAAUCUCAAUGUAGGAUGUCAAUGUAGCAUGACAAUGUAGCAUGUCAAUGUAGCAUUUCAAUGUAGCAUGUCAAUGUAGAAUGUCAAUGUAGCAUGUCAAUGUAGCAUGUCAAUGUAGAAUCUCAAUGUAAAAUGUCAAUGUAGAAUCUAAAUGUAGCAUGUCAAUGUAGAAUGUCAAUGUUAAAUGUCAAUUUAGCAUGUCAAUGUAGCAUGUCAAUGUAGAAUCUCAAUGUAGCAUGUCAAUGUAGAAUCUCAAUUCAGCAUGUCAAUGUAGCAUGUCAAUGUAGCAUGUCAAUGUAACAUAUCAAUGUAGAAUCUCAAUGUAGAAUCUCAAUGUAGCAUCUCAAUGUAGCAUAUCAAUGUAGCAUGUCAAUUUAGAAUCUCAAUGUUGCAUGUCAAUGUAGUAUGUCAAUGUAAACGAGGGACUCUCUCCUUCCCUCGAUGUGGUGUUGUCCCUCGUUUGUUCACCUCGUUGUCUAACGAACUGGAUGUCUCACUAGCACAGUCACCAUUGCUUUGGUUCGUUUACAUUAACAUGCUACAUUGACAUUCUACAUUGACAUUCUACAUUGACAUGCUACAUUGACAUGCUACAUUGACAUGCUACAUUGAGAUUCUACAUUGACAUUCUACAUUGACAUGCUACAUUGACAUGCUACAUUGACAUGCUACAUUGACAUUCGACAUUGACAUGCUACAUUGAGAUUCUACAUUGGCAUUUUACAUUGAUAUGCUACAUUGAGAUUCUACAUUGGCAUUUUACAUUGACAUGCUACAUUGAGAUUCUACAUUGACAUGCUACAUUGACAUGCUACAUUGAGAUUCUACUUUGACAUGCUACAUUGGCAUUCUAUAUUAACAUUCUACAUUGACAUGCUACAUUGACAUGCUACAUUGAGAUUCUACAUUGACAUUUUACAUUGACAUGCUACAUUGAGAUUCUACAUUGACAUUUUACAUUGACAUGCUACAUUGAGAUUCUACAUUGACAUGCUACAUUGGCAUGCUACAUUGACAUGCUACAUUGAGAUUCUACAUUGACAUUUUACAUUUACAUGCUAAAUUGAGAUUUUACAUUAACAUUCUACAUUGACAUGCUACAUUGACAUACUACAUUGACAUUCUACAUUGACAUUCUACAUUAACAUGCUACAUUGACAUUCUACAUUGACAUUCUACAUUGACAUGCUACAUUGACAUGCUACAUUGACAUUUUACAUUGACAUUCUACAUUGACAUUCUACAUUAACAUGCUACAUUGACAUGCUACAUUGAGAUUCUACAUUGACAUUCUACAUUGACAUGCUGCAUUGAGAUUCUACAUUGACAUGCUACAUUGACAUGCUACAUUGACAUGCUACAUUGACAUGCUACAUUGAGAUUCUACAUUGACAUGCUACAUUGACAUGCUAGAUUGAGAUUCUACAUUGACAUGCUACAUUGAGAUUCUACAUUGACAUGCUACAUUGAGAUUCUACAUUGACAUUCUACAUUGACAUGCUACAUUGGCAUGCUACAUUGACAUGCUAGAUUGAGAUUCUACAUUGACAUGCUACAUUGACAUGCUACAUUGACAUGCUACAUUGACAUGCUACAUUGACAUGCUACAUUGAGAUUCUACAUUGACAUGCUACAUUGACAUGCUAGAUUGAGAUUCUACAUUGACAUGCUACAUUGAGAUUCUACAUUGACAUGCUACAUUGAGAUUCUACAUUGACAUUCUACAUUGACAUGCUACAUUGGCAUGCUACAUUGACAUGCUACAUUGAGAUUCUACAUUGACAUUUUACAUUUACAUGCUAAAUUGAGAUUCUACAUUAACAUUCUACAUUGACAUGCUACAUUGACAUACUACAUUGACAUUUUACAUUGACAUUCUACAUUGACAUUCUACAUUAACAUGCUACAUUGACAUUCUACAUUGACAUUCUACAUUGACAUGCUACAUUGACAUGCUACAUUGACAUGCUACAUUGACAUUUUACAUUGACAUUCUACAUUGACAUUCUACAUUAACAUGCUACAUUGACAUGCUACAUUGAGAUUCUACAUUGACAUUCUACAUUGACAUGCUACAUUGACAUGCUACAUUGACAUUCUACAUUGACAUACUACAUUGACAUACUACAUUGACAUUUUACAUUGACAUGCUACAUUGAGAUUCUAUAUUGACAUUCUACAUUGACAUUCUACAUUGACAUGCUACAUUGACAUGCUACAUUGACAUUCUACAUUGACAUGCUACAUUGACAUGCAACAUUGACAUGCUACAUUGAGAUUCUAUAUUGACAUUCUACAUUGACAUGCUACAUUGACAUGCUACAUUUACAUGCUAAUCUCUCACGACACAAUGGCCACCUCUCCUCAGCUCUUCGUCGCCGUGGAGGUGCAUCAAUCACACCUCCCCCCUCCCCCCUCUCGGCUCUAGUUAUGUAUGGACUUGUUUCAGCAGCCUGUUUCUCUCACCAACCUGAAGACGAUUGCUUGUGUGGCGAUCGAAAAGUCGUGAUCUAUUAUUUUUUCGGCCUACGUGACUUUGCCCAAUGAACCAAAGAGUAUAGAUUCCUGCAGUCACGAAAGUUUCAAAUCAAGAUUGAGCAGCAUUAAUAUUAGCAAGAUCAUCAGUAUCAGCAGCAGUGCAGCAUCAGAAUUACCAUAAUCAGCAGCAGCAUCAGAAUAAUUAUUAGCAGCAUCAAUAUCAUCAGCAGCAUCAAUAUCAAUAUCAUCAGCAUCAUUAUCAGCAUCAACAGCAUCAAUAUGCUAAUCUGCAGCCUCAAUAUCAUCAGCAGCAUUAAUAUCAUAAUCAGCAGCAUAAUAUCAUAAUCAGCAGCAUAAUAUCAUCAUCAUCUGCAGCCUCAAUAUCAUCAUCAUCAGCAACAUCAGCAAGCGAAGUGACGGAUCGUAAUGAAAUGGGCCGGGUCAGUCUCUCUCCACUGCCGGCUGAGUACGAUGAUGGUGGUGGUGGUAGUGAUGGUGGUGGUGAUGGUGGUGAUGGUGGUGGUGGUGAUGAUGGUGGUGGUGAUGGUAGUGAUGGUGGUGGUGAUGGUGGUGAUGGUGGUGGUAGUGAUGGUGGUGGUAGUGAUGGUGGUGGUGAUGGUGGUGGUAACCAUCGACUAGUCAUCUGUAAGAUGCGCCUGCCAUUCUUCCACUCCGGUGGUGGGUGUACACCCAGGACCCCAUUCCAACCUAAAGUGGCCUGGUCUCAGUUAGCUGAUGAAAGUUGCAAGCGAGAAUUUCAUCAUCGCUUGCGGCUGGGGUUGGCAUCGUCCCCCACUCCUCCUGAUGUCGAGGGUAAAUGAGCGAGGUUUAGCUAUCAUUCAGUCCAUCCUCACCUCCUCCAUCACCGUCUGGUACGCUGCUGCAACUGCCAAGGACAAGAGCAGACUGCAGCGUAUCAUCCGCACUGCUGAGAAGGUGAUUGGCUGUAAUCUACCAACCCUUGAGGACCUGCACACUUUGAGGACCCUGAAGCGAGCGAGGAAGAUUGCGGACGAUUCCUCGCACCCUGGAUACUCUCUGUUCCAGCUACUCCCCUCCGGCAGAAGGCUGCGGUCCAUCAAGACCAAAACCUCACGUCAUAAAAACAGUUUUUUCCCAUCUGCUGUUGGCCUCAUCAACAAGGCAAAGGGCUUAAAAUGACUUUUACACUUAAAAUGACUGUUACACUUACUAUGACAUUUUAUCUACAUAAUUACACCUUUCCAUACUUACAACGUGUAAUCUUAUUUGUAUUUUUGUAUUUUAAGAUUGCUUAAUACGGCUAAUUAACAUUUAACAUUCGCAUUUUAUAAGGUCUACUUAUUCAUAAUUUUAAAGAUUUUAGCCCUUUGGUAUUACUUAUACUUUGUAACGUUAGUAUAGUUAGAGUGUAUACCUUUUAUAUAAGUUUAGAUUCCUACUUGUUCAAUGUAUGCACCGUCCCGCCAUAGUGAAUUCCUUGUUUGUGCAAACUUACAUGGCGAUUAAAACCGUUUCUGAUUCUGA